GGCAGGCAACAAUCACCAGCCCUUUUUCCAAGGCCUUUGUUAAAAAAUAAUUCUCAUUAAUUUCCUCCAUAUGCAUUUCUUCAAAUAUUUCUAACUUAUGAACCCAACUUAGCUUUAAGAUGAAUAACAACACAAUCUUUUGUUGCAUGGCGUGACGGGUGCACACGUUGAUGUGAUGAGACCCUAAUGUUUAGCAUGUUGUGUGGCCUCUCACCCUUUAAAAAUAGCCAAUAGAAUUUAGUUUACCCACAGUGCAGAAUGAUGUCAUAAAAAUCCAUGAUCCGUAUCGGCGGAAGUGAGAGACUGUGAAUUCAGGCCAUUUUUUAAGCACAUUGGUUUAAUAGUCGUCUAUCCUUAAGGCUAACAUAUUCAUACUAAAAGCCAAAAAGCUUCAAUUUUGAUUUAUUGUUGAAUCUUAUAUUGCCAACAUGGGAACCACAAGACUAAACGUGUUACACAAACUGUUCCAGUCCUCUCUCAUCCUCAGAUUUGCCUUUUUGUCUCCUUUUGAAGUGAGUGAGAGUUUAUGUUAACCGCAGCAGGGCUAAAAGCAAAAGUUUGAAACACAGAUGUGUAACUACGAUUAUGUCGUUUCCCGAACUCGGGCUGUUUCAUUUGACCCAGUUAUUCGCGUCCGUUGCUCUUCUCCUAAAUGCUCACUUAUGUUUCCUAUUUGGAAACAGAUGCGAAAAACACAAAUAAAUCAGAACUAGUGAGCAAGCGAGGAAUCAACCUGAGAGAAAUGAAGUGUUUUUAUAAAGGGGGAGACCCGCUUGCAGAUGUACAUCUGGCCUGGGUGUGCUCGUCUCAGACCCGCGCCUCGGGGAAACACACUGAUCUUUUACACAACCCUCCCUGUUUUACAAUAGCAAGCAAGACUGAGUGAGAAAGAUAGAGAGAGAGAGAGAGAGAGAGAGAGAAGGCCAGAGGUGGAGCCAUAUUACGUGGGAAAAUUAAAGAGUUGUAUCGCGCGAACUCGGUCAGCAACGUCUGAACAUCUGGUAACCGCGAACCACAUGUGGUGACGCGCGUCACGCGUUUCCUGAGCGUCGGGUUGUGCGGUGGGAAAGUUUAGGAUAGUCAGCGGUGGGUGAGAGCGGCUCACCGGCGCUCGUUUGGUCUGAUAUGAUUGCAUCGUUGAGCUUCUUUGGCGUCUUGCUUUCUUUUCUCUGUGAACUUGGCCAUGGAGAGAGAAAAAUAUAUGGCUGUGGCGAUAGGACGAUCUGUGGAGUAUACUGUUCAAUAUGUAUGAGCAGUACCUGGAGCCCACAGGAAUGCUAUGAAGGCCUGGUUCAGACGUGUCUAUAUAUUUUUGAAGAAGAUAUGUAUUCCAUAAACAGUACAGACUGGUGUUCUUUGGAAAAAGUAAAGAGCGCCUACAACAAUUUCACUUUGUGUACCGAGACCAUUGCUGACUGUUUGCUGCUUCCCUGGCCUAACCAAUUUGUUGAAAGACUAUUUGUAGCAAUCCACACAACCUAUUUUCAAACAUGUCCCAUAGAGGCGCUCCGAGACCCCCCUCCCAGCAUCGUCCUGGCCCUAGUCAUGACCCCCAUAUGCCUCAUCCCUGUUAUCGUGGUUUUAGUUGUUUUCAAGACCAAAAAUGGAGACAGGAGGUCCUAGAGAAGAUUCCAAGUUCGAGAAGGGUUUUUUUCUUAUUCCCAUUUGUGUCCUCAAUUGGGAUAGCAUCCCACCUGUGCCCUAGGAUAUUGACCUGGCCCAACAUUAACGCAGUGAAUUCACACCUGAUCAUCUCUUAAUCAUGAUGGAGGAUGACGUUUGUUCAUCUGGACUCUAACUUAAAAUGCCAUGGAGCUGAGGAAGUUCAUUGAUGGUUAGAAGAGUGCAUUUAAGUUGCAGAUAUCUUUGGCAUUAUGAUGAAAGUCGCAUUAACUUUUGAUGUGAAAUGGCAAGAAUGAAGAAGUCAGACAUAUUACGUACAUAACUAGAUGUACAAGACUAAAUGCAGAACCAUGGAUGGAAUGAAUGUCCACUUUAUGCACUGUAAGAAAUAUCUUAAGUCAUGUUUUAAUGUAGGUUGUUGUUAGUUAAGUGACAAGAGCUGUUUAGCUGACUCUUAUUAUAAUGAAAUCUUUAUGAUUGUAUUUCUGUUUAGACAAAAGUCAAUAAUGAAUGACUUUUAAAAUUUAUUAUGGCAACUAUUGGGGAAUUAAAAGUAAAUUAGUCAAAUUGUAUGCAUGACAGAACAAAGCCAAAUGAGAAUUCUCAACCCUUUCAACUGGCAGCUUAUUGAAUGACUGUUUAUUUAUAUAAGUUAACAGCAUACAUGUGUCUGUGAAGGAAUCAAAGACACUGUUGAGUUGAGAGGGGAGGGACUGAAGGAAUGGUAGAAAAUAAGUAUCUCGUCCUCUUUACUGGCAUCAUUAUUAGUGUUACUGUAUAGCAAAGCUUUGCUUAGCACCAUUAUGACUGUAUUAUUAUACACUGUAAAAAAUAUAUUUGUUUGUUCAACUUAAAAAAAGUAAGUUACCUGGUUGCUUUAACAUUUUGAGUUCAUUCAACUUAAAAAUAUUAGUUGACUCAAAAAAGUUUCAAAAUUUGAAGGCAACCAGGUAACUUACUUUUUAAGUUGAACCAUACAUUUUUUACAGUGUAGUCACAUAAACGAGACUGACAUUGUGGAUUAUGUCUUCACAAGAAGUUGAUAGUUUUAAUUGAAGGAAAGCUAUUUUAAAGGAUUAGUCAAUUUUCUUAAAAAAAAAAAAUCCAGAUAAUUUACUCACCACCAUGUCAUCCAAAAUGUUGAUGUCUUUCUUUGUUCAGUCAAGAAGAAAUUAUGUUUUUUGAGGAAAACAUUCCAGGAUUUUUCUUAUUGUAAUUGACUUUAAUGGACCCCAACACUUAACAGUUUUAAUGCAGUUUAAUAUUGCAGUAUCAAAGGACUCUAAACAAUGCCAAACGACGCAUAAGGGUCUUAUCUAGCGAAACAAUUGUGAAAAAUAUGCACUUUUAAACCACAACUUCUUGUCACUUAAUAUGUCAUCACGUCAAGAGGUCACGGAUGCGAAACUGUUUACAAGUGUGGAGAAAGAGGACCGUUCCAACGUUGUAUGUGGAAUGAUACUAAUUAAUACCUUUGUGUCAGUUUAUUGUUUAAGAUGGUCCACAAAUGUGUGUUUCAUGUAACAUGUGACCUUUCGACGUCAUUACGCAAUUAUGUGAAAUCGCACUGGCUCGUCACACAGCCGGAGGAAGAAGACAAGUUGUGGAUUAAAAGUACAUAUUUUUUAUUUUUCUUGCCAAAAAUCGUUUCACUAGAUAAGACCCUUAUGCCUCGUUUGAGAUCGUUUAGAGUUAUUUGAAACUGCGUUGAAACUGCAUUAAAACUGUUAAGUGUU